AUGUCUACAGCUCGCAUUGCGGAGGCUAACCAGCCGUUUGCUACUCACGCAUUCUCACAGAAUCCAUUUAGAACACGGGACGAUGUAGUCACUGCGUGUGCUUCGUUACUGGACCCCCUCGAGGCUGGCUUCUCACCCGGAUGUGCUCUGGUGCGAGUGGGUGGAACAGGAACAAGAUUCGACGAGACAGCUGCCCAAAUUGAAGGCUACGCUCGCCCACUAUGGGGUCUCGCGGCACUCCUUGCCGGCGGCAACAAAUACAAAAACACCCAUCUCUUCGUCAAGGGCCUCGCAUCUGGCACAAACCCCGAAAGCCCAGAGUUUUGGGGCAACAUGGAAGAUCUCGACCAGCGGAUGGUCGAAUCCUGCCCCAUAGGAUUCAUGCUCGCCGUCGCCGGGAAAGACUUCUGGGAUCCACUCUCCGAGGAAGAAAAGGCGAACGUUGCUGCUUGGAUCGGCUCGAUGAACGACAAGGAGAUGCCGAACACGAAUUGGCUGUGGUUCAGAGUCUUUGCGAAUCUUGGAUUGAAAGCUAAUGGUGCGCCGUAUUCGCAUGGUAGGAUCGAGGCCGAUAUGGAUCAUUUGGACACUUUCCAUCGUGGGGAUGGGUGGUCGAAUGAUGGGCCGGAGGGGUAUACGCAGAUGGAUUAUUAUAGCGGGUCGUUUGCGAUUCAGUAUCUGCAACUGCUGUACUCGAAGCUGGCGCAUGAUUUUGAUCCGAAACGUGCGGAGGAGUAUAGGAGACGGGCGAGGACGUUUGCUCUGGACUUUAUUCAUUAUCAAGACCCCGACGGCCACUCGAUUCCUUUCGGACGAAGUCUGACCUACCGUUUCGCCACCAUCGCCUUCUGGUCCUCCUUUGCGUUCGCAGACGUGGAACCACCGGAACCUCUCAACUGGGGUAUCAUCAAAGGUCUUCUACUCCGAAAUCUCCGUUGGUGGAGCAAACACCCUCACAUCUUCCAGGCGAACGGUAUGCUGAACAUCGGAUACACAUAUCCGAACUACUACCUCGCCGAGAACUACAACUCCCCCGGCUCUCCAUACUGGUGCAUGCUCGCCUUCGCCGCGCUCACUCAACCAGCUACACAUCCCUUAUGGUUGAGCAACGAGGAACCUCAUCCUUUCACCCAGACACCGAGCCCACUACCAUCUGUCAAGGCUCUGAAGUAUCCACUGCAUAUUAGGGUGCGUGAAGGAGGCCACACUUUCCUCCUCUCGAGCGGUCAGAAAUGCCACUACCCCCUGAAAUCAACACAAGCGAAAUACGGCCACUUCGCCUACAGCGCUUCGUUCGGAUAUGCAGUUCCCACAGGCGGUUAUACGCUCGAGCAGUUUGUUCCCGAAAGCGCACUCGCGCUCAGCGAUGAUGGCGGGGAGAUCUGGAAAUUGAGAAGGGAGGUUGAGAACGCUCAGAUCUCGGAGAAGGAGGGUAGUCCCGUACUGUAUUCGACUAUGCGUCCUUGGAAGGAUGUCGAAGUGAGAACUUGGCUUGUCCCGCCCACUGAUGAGGCUCCGAAUUGGCAUCUUCGUGUCCAUUGGAUUGAGACGGGAAGGCAAUUACAGAGCGCCGAGGGCGGGUUCGCGAUCGCUGGGACGAGGGAGAGGGAUGGACGGGUGUUGAAUUCGCUCUACCCUGAGUCGCCGAAUGAGGGCACGCUUGCUUCGGGACAGGAAGGACUAGUCGUGUCUCGGGCUGGAGCGUCUGGUGUUGUCGAACUUCUUCAAGGGUCUCGCAUGGGAGGGAUCUGCCACGUCGAUGCGAACAGCAAUCUCAUCGAGCCGAGGACGUUGUUGCCGACAUUGUACGCCGACCUGGCCCCGGAAUCUACGACGUGGUUGGUCUCGGCUGUGUUCGCGAUGCCGGCGAGUGUAGACGAUUGGCAGAAUAAGUGGAAGCAGCAAUGGGAGAAGAGGCCGCGCAUUCCGAAGUGGAUCGCCUCGCUGAAAUCUGAACAACAAUGA